AAUGUUUUUAUUGCUUCUCUUAGCAUUUGUUCAACCAAUCCCUAUUUCAGAUCAAAUUCAACCUACCUUCCUUAUUAAACUCGAUACAUAAGAAAACAAAACUAUAUAAACCAACGAAGUAUUCUUAUUAGAAAUUGCAGAUUAUUUACAAGGAACACCUUUCUAUAAUUUUUUAGGUUAUAUCAUCUUCCUUAUUCAUCUAGAUUUAGAUAAUAAAGAUAAUCAAACCAAAAGAAUAGUUAUUGCCACUGUUUUGUCUAUUGUUCUAAUAGUCGUUUUGUGUGUGAUUAUUCAAUUUAUCUUGGAUAUAGCCAAAUAAUCCAAUAUUUAAUUAAGUAUUGAAAAGAAGUCAAACUUCUCUGAUUGAUAAGUUUUACAUCCAUG